GAUAAAAAGUGUUUGCAAAUGUCCCAACUGUCUUUUGAGCUGGAGAACAAGCAGAGUUUUAUUACUCUGUUGCAGACUGUGGAGAAAAUGAAGGGGGAAAAGAAAAACACACAGCUAGACCUGGAACAGAAAAAGCAGAUGGAACUGAGGCAACAGAAGAUCGUAGACAAACAGGAUGAACUGAAUAAAUUAACUUCUGUCUACAAAGAACUGAAGGACAAAGUAGUGAAAAAGAAGAUUGAGAACCUCACGUUAGGAGUGAAAGACGAGGCUGGCAUCAUGGAUGACAUGAUCUACGAGGCUGGCAUCAUGGAUGACAUGAUCUACCAGACACAGAUCCGAAAGGCUGAGAUCAAGCAGAUUGAGGCGGGGCACCUUCAGAAUGAAGUUCAGGACAAGCUAAAACUGCUGCAAACACAGCUGACAGAAGAGAAGGGAGCUCAUGAAGAGGCAAUGAAGUUCUUGCAAAAUCGGAACAAG